AUGAAGUUCACCCUCCUCAGUACCAUUGCCCUAUUUGCGUCGGCAACCACCGCCCAAACCAACAACACCUUCACGGGCAUCGACGGCCGCGCUCGAACGUUGAAGGAGGAGGCUGCCCUCCAAGACGAUGCCAAAAUCAACCGCGCUUGCAACCAGGAAAACGCCAACUACAUCCCGUCCCUUAAAGCCGGAGAGUACUCGACUAGUGCGUCCCACAACUGCUUCCGUACUGUCGCCCAAAUCUACGAGUUUACCGAUGCCUUGGUCGCCCAAAACCCGAAAUUUCUGAGCAAGUUUGUCAUCUCCAAGACGUACAGGGGGGCCACGAUUUACGGGUACAAGUUGACCAAAGGCCACUCGCAGUCGCUGUAUUUUCAAGCCCUUCAACACCCCCGCGAAUGGAUCUCGGGGUCGUCGAUUCUGUUUUCGUUCGCGUCGAUUCUGGAUGAUAUUGCCAACAAUAGACCCACGGCCGCCGACGAGUACGACUUGUACUUUGUACCGGUCGUGAACAUUGACGGCUAUGAGGUCUCGUGGGAGGAGCACUAUCGGGCCCAGCGCAAGAGUUUCAACCAAGUCGACUUGAACCGGAACUGGCCGACUCCCUUCGAACACCCCAACCCCCCCGCCAUCUCGGCCGCCGAUUACCCCGGUCCGUCUGCGUUCAGUGAGCCUGAAACUGCGGGCAUCAAUGAAUGGCUCAUAUCCAAACGCAGUGAAAUUCAAGGGUUCAUUCACAUUCACGCAUACGGGGGGUACAUCUUGUACCCAUAUGGGGACACCAAGGAGCCCAUCGGCGGGGGGUUUGACGAGAAGUUCGAUGUCCUCGGUCGUAGAUUGCAAAGCGUCAUGGGGGCAUACACCCCUGGACCGGUGGCCAAAACAUUUUACUUCGCGUAUGGAGUUUUCUCAGAUUACGCCUUCCUCGAGUUCAAAAAGCCCGCCGUGACAAUUGAAGUGGUGGGCAAUGAUUUUGUUGCGGAAGCGUCGACGAUCCCCACACGCGGCCUCGAAGUGUACAAAGGCAUCAACCAGUUUGCCAAAGAGACCACCAUAUUCAACGGUGGACCGAUCACGGAGCCAGUGCCUAUUACGACUGCCGCCCCUGAUGGCUGCAACACAUGCGAUUGGUGUUUCAUCCCUGGGUUGAACUCCUGCUUUAGUGAAUUUACCAAGAACGAAUGUGUCGUUCAGAACGCCGAAUACGGGGCUUUAUGGUGUGUGGAGAUCAGGACCAAGAAAUAA